AUGAAGUAUCUUUCACUUCUCCUCCUUUCCCUGCUCCCCCGCAGCAUUACCUCAGCCUCCAUUGGCAUCCGUCAAACCCUAGAAGCAUGCACGCUGCAGGCGCUGACAGGGGCUGAUGCUGCGGAACGGAUAGUUACACCACAGGAUGACACUUAUACUGAUGCUAGGAUGGGGGAAAAGAUCCAAUUCGAGCAGUUUCCUGCCUUGAUUGCAUAUGUGAAAGAUGCUAGGGAGGUAGCACCCUUGAUCAGAUGUGCGCAGAGCACCGGCACCAAGCUUGUUCCGCGGAAUGGCGGUCAUCACCUACAAUUUCGCAGCCAAUUUUCAUUUUCUCAACGUGGUGAAGCUAAUUGUCGAUACCUCGAUCCCAGUUUCCUGUCUUAUUCCGCCCUCAACAACACCCUCGUUGUUGACCUCACACACUUGAAUUAUGUCGACGUCUCGCCCGACCACAGCACGGCCAGAGUUGGUGCUGGAAUUCGUCUCGGCGCACUUUAUACAGCCUUGAAUGCAUACAAUACAUCAUGGGUGGGAGGUAUCUGUCCAACGGUUGGGUUGUCAGGCUUGUUAUCUGCAGGCGGUUUCAAUAUGCAGAUGCGCGCUCUCGGAAUUUCCGGCGACCAUGUUCUCUCCGCCCAAGUAGUACUCGCUAAUGGAACGAUGUUAACUGCGUCUGCAUCAUCCAACCAGGACCUUUUCUGGGCCAUCAGAGGCGGUGGUGGCGGCACAUACGGCAUUUUGACCGAGUUUACCUUGAGACUGACACCUCUACCUCGUUCCGCAAUGGUGGCAAUUCAGUGGAACGAAACCGAUACCCGCUUCGACGUUGCUAAACGGUUCUUGGACUGGGCUCCGCGACAGCCCAAGGAAUUCACCUCGCAGAUCAAUGUCUACAAGAGCAAAGUGCAAGUCUUAGGCUGGUACCUCGGCGGCACCCAACAGCAGCUCCAACGGCUCGUCAACGAUUCAGGCUUGCUCGAACUCGGGCACCCUCAAUCCCAAACAGCGGGGAACUGCAACACGGAUAACUCCCGCAUUUUUGGCUACAUCACCACCGAAUGCCUUCCCGAUGAUAAGGUCGACUCUUCAAUCCUAAAUGUUGUCCCAGAGGCUUUUGCUCCAUACGAAAACUCCCCACAAUUCAUCUACGAUGAAAUUCCCCUCUCAACAUCUCGCACGACCGCAUCACCUUGGCCUCGUUUCCGCCGCAUAAACAAAUCCUUCUUCGUACAAAAGGAUAAUCUUCUUAGUGAUGACGUGCUGCGUGGUGUGGUCGAUCGCAUCGGACAGUUGGAAACCGAGGCGGAAUUGUGGGCCGAAUGGCACGCUUGGAAUAUCUCAGAAGCUGGAGACAACGCAUUUGCAUGGCGAGAGCAGGCAUAUGCUCACUUGCAGUUUCAGGCCCACGGCUCCAGUGAUGCCGCAACGCAGCAGAGGUAUUUGGAGUGGUUUGCGGAUUUGGAAAGGUAUCUGAGGCCUGUCGUGGGGCCCGCUUCUUAUACUGGUUAUAUGGACGACACCAUCUCCGUCGAACCGUUGGAAUCGUACUACGGCAAAAAUAUCUGCCAGCUGGUUGAUGUUAAGAGAAAUUAUGAUCCAGACAAUUUCUUCACCAACCCACAUGCUAUUCAGCCUACCGCGCCGACAUUCACUUCUUGUUGA